GUGCUCAACACACACUUUAUUCUUCUCUUUUUUAUACUUUCCACUCUGAGUUAGUCAACUUUUGUGAUGGCUUUUUCAAAAAAUAAUACUCCGAUAGUUUUUUUAUUUUUGGUUGUUGUGAACUUACUAAUUGUAAGUUCAUCAGCUCAACUUUCAACUAAUUUCUACUCAAAAUCAUGUCCUAAACUUUUUCAAACAGUGAAAUCAACAGUGCAAUCAGCUAUUAACAGGGAAACCCGAAUGGGGGCUUCUCUGCUUCGCCUUUUCUUCCAUGAUUGCUUCGUCAAUGGAUGUGAUGGAUCACUGCUCCUUGAUGACACAUCAAGCUUCACUGGAGAGAAGAGGGCUGCACCAAAUGUGAAUUCUGUUAGAGGAUUUGAAGUCAUUGACAAUAUCAAAUCUGCUGUAGAAAAAGCAUGCCCUGGUGUUGUUUCUUGUGCUGAUAUUUUGGCCAUUACUGCUAGGGACUCUGUUGUCAUUCUUGGAGGGCCAAAUUGGAAUGUAAAAUUGGGCAGAAGAGAUGCCAGGACAGCAAGCCAAGGUGCUGCCAAUAGCAGCAUUCCUCCUCCUACUUCUAACCUUAAUCAACUCAUCUCUAGUUUUAGUGCUGUUGGCCUUUCAACUACAGACAUGGUUGCCUUAUCAGGUGCUCACACAAUUGGACAAGCAAGGUGCACAUCAUUCAGGGCACGUAUAUACAAUGAGACCAACAACAUAGACUCAUCAUUUGCAACAACAAGGCAAAGAAAUUGUCCAAGAAACUCAGGUUCAGGUGACAACAACUUAGCACCACUUGAUCUCCAAACACCUACAAAAUUCGACAACAAUUAUUUCAAGAACUUAGUGAGCAAAAGAGGUCUGUUACAUUCUGAUCAACAAUUGUUCAAUGGUGGAUCAGCUGAUUCGAUCGUUACGUCUUACAGUAACAAUCCUAGUAGUUUCAGCUCUGAUUUUGUUACUGCUAUGAUCAAGAUGGGUGACAAUCGUCCACUUACUGGAUCUAAUGGAGAAAUUAGGAAGAAUUGUCGUACGAGAAAUUAGAUGGAAAGAGAGGGAUUCAAAUCCUCGAUAAACAAAAGUCUACAUAGCAAUUCCAAUGCUACCCCUUAAACAACUCGGAUUGAAUUUUGAUUAGUAUUGUUUGUGUGUGCAAGUGUGAAAAAUGUCUAUUAAGACGUUAUUUUUACUUUUCUUUAAAGUUUUCUUGCUUAAUAUCAAGGUUCAAUGUGUGUUACCUUGUUGAAUUUCAAAGCACCUGUUUUCUUUAUUCUAGAGUAUGGCACUGUAUUUGUAUCAUCAUUGGAAUAUCAUGAAUAACUUAAACA